CAGGUUGUCACAUGAUGUUGUCACAUGACCUCAAGCAUCGGAAGUUCAGUGCUGCUCGCGAGUGAGUGCUUGUAAACAUGCAGUAACCGGAGACGAACCCGUCAAUUAACUACAGAGGGUCAAAAAAAAGGCUGUUGAACACAUUCACGUCCCAUUGUGCUGUGAACUGAACUGGGAUUUUAAUGCCGGCAGCCUCUGCACGUGAUUUUAAAUCGCUGACAUGGCCGCAGUGGACGCGAAUAAAGCCAACAUUUCCUCCGAAGAGGAUAGGUUGCUGUUUCCGGUGACUCACUAUGGUUCGAAUGACUGCAUGGAGGAGUAUAGUAACCCCAGCCCGACCCCUCCAACAGAUGGCUGGAUAGGUGCUGACCAUGAAGAGGAAGCAUUGCGCAGGAAAUUAAAGUAUUUCUUCAUGAGUCCCUGUGAAAAGUUCCAAGCCAAAGGCAGAAAACCUUUUAAACUGGGUCUGCAAAUACUGAAGGUUCUUAUAGUAACUAUACAGCUGGUACUUUUUGGCUUAAGCAACGAGAUGGUGGUGACAUUUAAAGAGGAAAACACAGCCUCGUUUAAACACCUCUUUCUCAAAGACUACGCUGAUUCAGAUGACGCACUUGCUGUUUACACACAGAGUGAUGUUUACGAUCACAUGUUUUACGCAAUUGAACAGUACCUGGCUUUGCCGGAGAUGACAGUGGGCCGCUAUGCAUAUGUGUACAAUGUUGGUGUGAACGGGAGUGCGCUUUCUCUGUGUCAGCAGUAUUAUAAAAAAGGCAGGAUCGACCCAGCUAACGACACCUUCAACAUCGAUCCGCAUGUGGUCACAGACUGUGUUGGCGUGAAUCCUUUGUCCACUCCCACAGUAGGUCUGGGCCGUGAUUACAGGAACUUCACCCUCAAGUUUCACAAGCUCAUUAAUGUCACCAUACAGUUCCAGCUGAAAGCUAUAAAUCUUCAGACCAUCAUCCACAAUGAAAUUCCUGACUGUUACACUUUCUUCAUCACAAUUCUGCUGGAUAACAAAGCCCACAGUGGUAAAGUUAAGAUCAGUCUGGAUAAUCAGGCCUCCAUAAAGGAAUGUAAAGACCCAAGUGUGUCUGGACACGCUGAUAGUUAUGCUCGAGUGUGGUUUGAUGUGACGGUUGCAGUGGUGUGUAUUCUCUCACUGCUCCUCUGUGGUCGCUCUAUCAUCAGAGGAAUCGUUCUUCAAAAUGAGUUUGUAAAGUACUUUAAGACCUCUCUGAAGCGUAAUGUCUGUUGGGGAGACAGAAUGGAGUUCAUUAACGGAUGGUAUAUUCUGCUCAUCAUUAGUGAUGUGCUCACUAUCACAGGCUCCAUAAUUAAGAUCGGCAUUGAGCUAAAGAACCUCUCGUCGUAUGAUGAGUGUGGGAUCCUUUUGGGCACCUCGACGUUAUUGGUUUGGGUUGGAGUUAUUCGCUACCUCACCUUCUUCCAGAAGUACAAUAUUCUCAUUGUCACAUUACGAGCUGCAUUCCCUAAUGUGAUCCGGUUCUGUUGCUGUGUGGCGGUGAUAUACCUCGGUUAUUGCUUCUGUGGGUGGAUUGUGCUAGGACCAUAUCAUGUUAAGUUCCGCUCUCUCUCGCUGGUGUCAGAGUGUCUUUUCUCUCUGAUCAAUGGAGAUGACAUGUUUGUGACCUUUAGUGGCAUGCAAGAGAGCAGCAUGCUGGUCUGGGUCUUCAGUCAGGUUUACCUUUACACGUUCAUCUCUCUGUUCAUUUACAUGGUGCUCUCUCUCUUUAUCGCUCUCAUCACGGGAGCUUACGAGACCAUCAAGCAUCAGACUCAGGAGCCGGUCCAUAUCACUGACCUGCACGCGUUCAUCGCUGAGUGCACUGACACGCCCUGCUCUGGAAAGUUCCGCGGGAUCGAGACCUCGCCCUGCUCUUUCUUCUGCUGCUGUGACAGAACCACCACAUAUGAAGACGUCCUCCUUGUCAACUAGUGAAGUCCUGAGGCUUGAGGCCUGACUCCUCCUCCCUCUGCUGGUCACACUGCGGUAGUGCAACAAGACAGAAGCCAGUGGAAAGCUCCAGACAAAAAGUCACAGCCGCUUCACUUUGGACCUGAAGUAGAGAUCAUAUAUGAUUUUUACUGAAGAAUCGCUUCAAUCUGAGAAAAUUACAGUUUUACCUCAACUUGUAUUUAGUUUUAACUUAAUUCUGGAGGUUGCCAAAUGCAGCCCAGUGCCCUCUCUUAGUCUGUACUGAUUAAAACAGUCAGAAGGUUUGAAUUGAAAGACUAUUAGACAGAUAACAAACUGCACACGUGAAGCUGAUAUGUACAGUAAUCAUUCCCUGAAUGUUGAUCCCACAUGUUCGUUCAGUGCACGUGCUGUGGUGUGCAAGUGGGUCAUCUGUUGCCAAUACUGAGAGACAAAGUGGCGUGUGACGGUGGUUAAUGAUUCAUAACUAUUGAGUGAUUCAUAUAAUUGAGUUACUAACAUCUAGUCACAUGUAAUGUCUGCAACAGAAAAUGUUUCUAAAGGAGACUGAACUGGCAGGCCUGUGCGUUUAGCAGCAAAAGAUGAGGAGACCAUGUGAUUAAACAUAAUCAAGCUUUGGUAAAGCUGGCUCUUAUUCAGCACUUAUUCAGAAACAGCACUCCCUGGUGUCUUAAAGUCACCUACACUUACCCAUAACAAAAAUACAUGCUCAGAAUGCCUCAAAAACUUGGCCUUAACACUCUUCUGAUGUGUAAAGAUGGCUAUAAUACCUCAUUGUUGGAUGUGAUGUUGAAUAGGAUGAUUCAUUAGUUUUUUUUUGCUUUUGAUACACAAGUUCACCACCUCUAUAAUUUUUCAACAUACUGAUUCAUUGUUUUAAAUGCAGACUGAAUCAAAUCACUCCGUUUGCAUAUCGUCAAAUGAAAUCAUAGCUUCACCCUUGCUGAUCUAGAGAAAUACAGACUUACAGCUCCUCUCCAUCAGCUUUGUUUUAUAUCAGCGGCCUUCAAGAAUGUUAUUAUUAUAGGAUAGCUGGUGAGAGCACAGUGUUCUGUUACCAUGGUGACAGAUUAGAACAAUAGAACCCAUCAAAAAUGCUUGAUCCAUAUCAUGCAUGAGUCUCACUUCAGACGACAAACAAGCCUGAUUUUAUCUUCUCCAUUAUACUUGACUGAGAGAGAAGCAAGUAUAAAUAUUUAAAUUCUAGGGCCUGUGCAAGCCAUUUACUCAAGUACAGAAUAAGUGGGACCAGUCAUAUUAUUUUGAUGUCAGUUUUAUGGUCAUACUACAUGCUUUCCUUUUCAUUUUAAUUAUCCUGUAUUAUUUUAAUUUGUGAUUCAAACAUGUUCUAGUGUACUUGUAUUGAGUUGGCUCUGAUGCUUUUCUGUUAAUGAAUUUAAAGCGCACAAUCUGCAAACAGAAUAUAUUUUCUGUUACUAACAUGUGAAGCUACACCAAGUGAUGUUCAGAAAAGUCUCAACAUCAUGUCAUAUGAUGUAGAUGUGUACCUGAAAUAUUUCAUAUUUCAUUUUAUCCUGUUAAUUUUUUUUUUUUUUUUUAAGGUUUGUAAUGGACAACUUGUGCAAAUACUUUGCCAUUUUGCUGUCAAAAACAUGCAUUUUAGAUCAAAUGAUGUAGAAAAAUCUACUGACCUUCAAACUGGAGGAUUUUUCAUUUCCUGUUUUUUUUUUUAAUUUGUUCGUUUUAAACACUUGUAUAAGUGUCAUUGCACAUUUUUUUUCCUGAACUUUGUUCUUGACAGGGUCAUAUGUGUUAUUUUAAUGUUCAUAUGUAUAUGUUCAAUACAGAGAUUUUCUUAUGUCUGUUUAAUAUAGUCACUUUUUCCUUUUUGCUGUUAUACAUUAACCAUAUAAACGUGUAGUCAUUCAUUACUAUACCAUAUGACCACUAGGUGGUGUAAUGAGAGCAUUUUUUUCCCCCCACAAAUCUGAAAAAUUUCAAAUUUAAUGUAGCACCUAAAGUUACUUGAAAAAAACUGAUUUGUAAAAAUAUUUAGCCAAGAACGGUGUAGAGGUGUGUUUGUAGGCAUGUUUGAAUAGCUGGUCUAAGCAGGUGCACUAGCCAGUGUACAUCGUUUGACAUGGCUAUCUGAAACCACAGACAGAGAUUACACACACUGUUCAAACACAGCAAACCCCAUCAGAUGCUGAUUUCAGACCUGUGGCCAUUGGUAACGAGAGAACAGUUCUAUAAAGGCCUGCUUUACCAUUCUCAACCUGCUGCUGGUGUCUGAAUAUGAGCCACACCCAGCUAUUCAAACACAAUGACUUAACAGGAAGAGAUUUCAUUUUACCACCUCAGUAAGUCUAUUGUGAUGACAGGUCUAACAGCAGUACAACAAGAAAGAUAAUCUUCUGAGACUUAAACUUAAUUUGCAUUAUCCAUAAUCAUUUCUGUGAUGCUAAAUGUACUCAGAAUAUCCACAAUCUUACAUUCUCAGUUAACCGUAUAGGAGUGAGGAUAGGAAUUGUCUGUCUUGUGCAGCCAAAAACUGUAAGGAGGUUCAGUGAUGUUGGUGUUGUAUGAUUAGCUUCACCCACCCAUAGAUUCAGAUGAGCAUAUUAAAGACAAAGCAGAUCCUAAAUAAAACCGGUUUAGACAAGAAGAGCAAUGUACAGUGCACAGCUGCAGGCCUGUGAGAAUCACUCUUUCACAAAGCUUCCUUUUGAGAUAUUCAUUAUUCAGACUAAAAUGUGUUUUGUGUGUUUUUUCUCCCUCUCAUGUACGUACACAAAAAUCAAGUGUUGCUUGUCCAUCAAUGAACCUGUCUUUGUCUAUAACAGGAUGAAGUUUGCUGUCAUACUGUUUUUUUUUCUCUCUCUCUCUGCCUGAAUACUUUUAGGCAAUGAAUACACAUUUUGGCGUUAGAAAAUCAGCUUUUUGUAGGCGAUUUAAUCGCUUUUCUCUCUCCCCGCUGUGUUUAAAGAAAAAUACAAUUUCAUAAGGGAGUGUAAUAAAUUCCUGACGUAAUUUCCUGAAGGACACGUGCGCCCACAUUUUCAAAUCACUUUUUACGCAUUUAUUUUUGAACAGAGGCUAUAGUAGAGGUUCUGACUUCUGAUAAGCCUUAAAUGUUUUUGUACCUCAAGGGCAGUUAUUUAGUUUGUGAACACAUCCAUUAUCCCUGGGUUCAGUGUGUGAACAGCACUGAAUCCAGCGAGCGUCUCUAGCAGCAACCAAUCAACGGGUAAUAUUGGAGAUGAAACCUGAUGGGGUGGCCACAUCACCAUCUGAACCAAUGGAAACUGAAGGAACGGAACCCAUAACGGAACCAACCGGCAGUGACGGGGCAUCUCAAAAUGGCACUACACCAUCACCUCCACAACCCGAUGAACCCCAAAAUGAGCAAGCAGCUCCUCCAACUGUGAAGGAAGCUCCUGGGAAAGCAGUAGAUGCUAAAACCAAAUCCAAAGGCCCAGUCAAAGGCAAGACUACAGCUGCAGGCCCAGCAACCACUGGACCAGGCACACGACCCAAAGCAACCCAAAGCCGUGUGGCUAAUGGCCUCACAAAGACUGCAGCAAGUACCCCAACCAAGAAACCCAUUCCAGCUACCACUACUGCAGCAGACAAGAAAAAACCCACCACUAAUGUUGGACCUUCUGGUCCCAGUAAGAAACCUGUUAGCUCUUCUACUGCUGCUGCAACCUCAAGGGCCCAACCUAAAGUAACGACUGUUGGAACUAGCAGACCAACAACAACAACUGCUGCCAGUGGAACAAAGACAGGAACAGCUGUCAGCACAGCCACCAGCCUGAGUAGAAGACCUGUCACCGCUGCCACAAGUGCUGCAAACAAACCCAGAACCACAGCUCCAGCUCCAAGGCCAGCCGCUAACCCUUCUGCCAAACCCAGCACUUCAGCCACAGCCAAAACCACUGCAGUUCCCAAAACUAACAGGGCAACUGGAAGUUCUGCCCCACGACCAACUGCUAUAUCUGCUGCAGGAAGAACGGUAACCAGUACAACUACUUCUACUGCUUCAGUUACUAGAACAAGCCGCACUGCUACACAACAGCCUGUUAAACCUUUGGUUACAGCAUCAGCUGCUCGGAAAGAUGUUGGAAAAACAAGCACUACAGCACCUGCAAAAAGAACAGUUGCCUCAACAAUAUCUCGUCCUGCUUCCAACAAGCCUUCAAAUCCAGAGGCUCCAAAGCCAGCUGCAGCAACUAAACGACCUCCAUCUAGUAUCAAAGCACCUCAACCCAAACCAGAUGACAAAAAAAGCGUACCAACACGUAAGGUGCCCCCUAGUCCACGAAACAUUCCCUCACGGCCAGCAUCAGGCAAGAAUGCUGCAGCGUCUCCUAGUCACAAACAAGCAGCUAGCAUGGUUGGUGUGAAGCUUCAGCCUUCUAAACCAACACAGUCUGUUUUGCCCCUUGUUGUCAAAGGAAAGCCCGAUGAUAAACAAUCUGCAGCAAAGCCUGAUGAUAAAGAACCUGCAGCAGAGUCUGUGGAACUUUCAGCAGCUGCAGUAGCUACUGUUGCUGUAGCAACAGCUGCUGCCAUAGCCAGGGAAGAGUCUGUUUCAGGGCCUGAAGUUACUCCAACUGUCGAGAGCUCUCUGGAUGCACCAACCUCCUCUUUAGAUGUGCAGGAAAACGUAGAUGUGCAGGUCCCUAAUGUAAACUCCCAAAGUGUGCUGGAUAUUUCUAAUACAGAGCCAGAAGCUCAAGAGGCCUUAAUAGAAACUAUUCCUGUUGAAGUGGCUUGCCCGACAUCAUCUGCGGUCGAUCAGGAAUCUGAAGAGCAUGUGUCUGGCAAAGUUGAUGAAAAGCUUAUUAUGGCUGUGGCACCAAUUGCGCAGGAAGCAACUGAGCAGGAAACCUUGACUGCUUCACCAGUUAUUAACUCUGUUGCUACUUUAGUGUCCUCAGGUGUAGAGGUGGCGGAAAAAGCUGAACUGAUUAACAGUGACUAUUAUGAAGAUGUGGAAGAAGAAGAAAGGGAAGGCAGUCAGCAAGUAUCUCUGUCAGAAAUGAGUGGCACCCAGCCUACCGAAGAGUCUCGACCUGGGUCAGCUGGGCUUGCUGGGUCAGUUUGGCGGGCAGGGGCCUUGCUUUCAGAGCUUGACUCUGAGGAUGUGAGUUGCAGCCAGCAGGGAGCAUCAGAGCUCAGUGCUCCAGGUGUCCUAGAGGGCACGGAAAGCAUGGAUGAUCUAGGUGAUGCAAGCCUUAAAGGAGCUGAUGGUGAAGGUGCAUCUGUUGGGUCCCCUGACUUUGAGAAGGUUCCUGAUAUUCUUGCUAAUGAAGAUGAUGAUGAUGACGAUGAUAAUGAUGAUGAUGAUCGAGUUUGUGACAUGGAGGUAGAGUCAGAAAGAGCAGAGGACUCUCAUGGGCAGCAUCAUGACAAUGAGGAUGAUGAAGAGGAUGAAGAUGUAGAAAUGGCAAGUGAGGGCAUUACUGAGAGUGGGCUUGAAAGUUAUGGGAAUGCAGAUGAGGAUGACUUGACCGAAGACUACAGAUUAGACAACUUAAACCGAAUCCAGCCUCCUCCCAUGGUUCCCUCUGCCCCUCUGGCAACCCAGUGGAACCAGUCUAGUUGCUUUGCUGAUGCCUGGGCCCAGCCACCACAGCCUGCCUUUACUCUUCUCUCAAGUCCUUCCUCUGAAUGUUGGCAAGCAGACCCAGAAACCCCAACACAAACACCUGCUCAAGCAAGACUUGAUGUUAGCUCUGAAAGGGGCUCUUCCCCUCUACCACCAAACCUUUUUGAGCCUCCAACUUGCUCACCUCAAGAAGCCCCAGUAACUGCUGCAGAGGGAGAUGUUAGCCCCAAACCAGGCUUGACACCCUCUCAAACCUGCACAUUCCAGUCUGGUACCUCCAGCGACCCUGACCAAGCAUCUGAUAGUAACAGAGACACAAGUAUACCAGAGGAGGUAGAAGAUUGCAACAAAUUCACCGGUACUGAAACUUAUUCUAAAGGGGAGCUGCAGCCAGAACCACUAAACCCUAUCCCCACUGUCCUGCCUGACAUCAUGCAGGACCUAGGCAUCCACCUUGAACAUGCUGAUGAGGAAGACGAACCAGAAACUCUUCCAGCUGAUGAUGUACUGGGCGGUCCAGCAACUGCUCCAUCAUCUCCUUCAUCAGCUACUGAGGAUGAGGCAAGUGACACAGAAGGUGAAAUGCAGAUCAGUGAACCUCAAGCUGAGCUACCUGGCACUGGGAAUGCCUAUGGAACUGCGCCUGUGGGCCACAAUUUGUCCAGUUUGGAAGAGCGUGAAGAAAUGGGCGGGGAGAAUGAAGCUGGUGGUGGUGGUGAGACCCCUCAGUCUGCCACUUCUGCUGCAUCCUAUGGCUUUGACUACAUGACCUCUAACUCCAAUGCCCAGUCAUCUGCCGAGAGUUGCAGCAAGAGCCCUGGCAUCUUUUCUCUUGAAAAUGAAGAGCAGCUCUCAGAUGAGGCCAAGGAUCCAUCUCUUCUUAAAGAGUUGAUCAUGAUACCUACUACUACAUCUGGGGAAAAGAUUGAUAAUAUCAAAAGCCAACAUGGGGAGUUCCAGUCCCACCCUGAGCAACAGUACAUGCUGUGUGGAGAGUCCAGGGAGCUGCCUGAGCCUGAUUCAGUACCGGGAGCCGUACCCUUACAGUCAGGUUUGACUGACCCUUCGUCCCGACAGCACCUAGAAGAAGAGCAAGAUCUUGACACUCCGCAUCCUUACUACUCCACUAUAUGCGAAAAGACUGAUAGUCCCCUGGCAGGUAACGUAUAGAGUACACUUUAAAUAUCCACUCUCCAGUGAACCAUGUUGAUGUCAUCCUUAAAUAAGGGUUUUGUCUAGCUUGGGGUUACCCAGUUGGUGUCUUUUUAUUCAGUUAAGAAAACACUCAUUCAGCAGUGCCACUUACACAAUAUAAUACAGCUAUUAAAAUUACAUUUAUAAGUAUAUGGCUUAGAACCUGUAUGUGCAAUAGCUACUACCGUAUACACUUGAGGUGACUUUUUCUCAACUAUUCUUUUUAAAACUAAUAAUGGGUGUUGGUCUGAACUGGCAUGAAAUUGUUUGUUUGUGGAGUCUUUGAAAUGACAAAAGAAGCCUUGAAGAAGAAAAAUGAACAAUGUAAUGGACUUUCAACAUAUUUUGUGUGUAUUUAUCCAAUUCUUUUUUUACUGAACAAAUGCAUAUUCAUUGCUUUUUGUAUUCUGUUGUCUGUUAACUGUAAAUGCCAGUCUUUCAUUCCUUUCCCAUCAUCAUCAUAUUCUGUCCUCACAUGUUUCUCUCUUCUGCACUUUAGGGUUUGCUAACCCCUUACUUUUUUAUGCCUUGUUUAUUUGGAGUACUUAUUGUCUUAGCGUUAAAUAAAGGUUAGAUGUUUAACAUGA